CAACCAUGGGGUGCAUUAAAAGCAAAGAAGAUAAAGGUCCAUCCAUGAAAUAUAGAACUGAUAAUACUCCAGAACCUGUUAUUUCCCAUGUCAGCCAUUAUGGGUCAGACUCCAGCCAAGCAACACAGUCGCCAUCAAUAAAGGGAUCAGCAGUUAAUUUUAAUAGUCAUUCCAUGACUCCUUUUGGAGGGCCUUCAGGAAUGACACCCUUUGGAGGAGCAUCGUCUUCAUUUUCAGCUGUGCCAAGUCCAUAUCCUAGUACUUUAACAGGUGGUGUUACUGUAUUUGUGGCCUUAUAUGAUUAUGAAGCUAGAACUACAGAUGACCUUUCAUUUAAGAAAGGUGAACGGUUCCAGAUAAUAAAUAACACAGAAGGAGACUGGUGGGAAGCAAGAUCCAUUGCUACGGGAAAAACUGGCUACAUCCCCAGCAAUUACGUAGCUCCUGCAGACUCCAUUCAAGCGGAAGAGUGGUAUUUUGGUAAGAUGGGCAGGAAGGAUGCAGAAAGGCUACUUUUAAAUCCUGGGAACCAGCGUGGUAUUUUCUUAGUAAGAGAGAGUGAAACCACUAAAGGUGCUUACUCCCUUUCCAUACGUGACUGGGAUGAGGUCAGAGGUGAUAAUGUGAAACACUACAAAAUCAGAAAACUUGACAAUGGUGGAUACUAUAUCACAACCAGAGCACAAUUUGAGUCCCUACAGAAGUUGGUGAAACACUACAGAGAACAUGCCGAUGGGCUGUGUCAUAAGCUAACAACUGUGUGUCCCACUGUGAAACCACAAACACAGGGACUUGCAAAAGAUGCCUGGGAAAUUCCAAGAGAGUCUUUGAGGCUGGAAGUUAAGUUGGGCCAAGGAUGUUUUGGUGAAGUGUGGAUGGGAACAUGGAAUGGAACCACAAAAGUAGCAAUCAAGACACUAAAACCUGGUACAAUGAUGCCAGAAGCUUUCCUGCAGGAGGCUCAGAUCAUGAAGAAAUUACGACAUGACAAGCUUGUUCCACUAUAUGCCGUUGUUUCUGAGGAACCAAUCUACAUCGUCACUGAAUUCAUGACAAAAGGCAGCUUGCUAGACUUCCUGAAAGAAGGAGAAGGGAAAUACUUAAAACUCCCACAGCUGGUCGACAUGGCUGCUCAGAUUGCUGAUGGCAUGGCUUACAUUGAAAGAAUGAACUACAUCCACAGGGAUCUCCGGGCUGCUAACAUUCUUGUAGGAGACAAUCUCGUGUGCAAAAUAGCAGACUUUGGUUUAGCAAGGUUAAUAGAGGACAAUGAGUACACUGCAAGACAAGGAGCUAAAUUUCCAAUUAAAUGGACCGCUCCGGAAGCAGCAUUGUAUGGUCGGUUUACAAUCAAGUCAGAUGUGUGGUCAUUUGGAAUUUUACUGACAGAGCUGGUAACAAAGGGGAGAGUGCCAUAUCCAGGGAUGGUGAAUCGGGAAGUUCUGGAACAAGUGGAGCGUGGAUACAGGAUGCCUUGCCCACAAGGCUGCCCAGAGUCUCUCCAUGAAUUAAUGAAACUGUGUUGGAAGAAGGACCCUGAUGAGAGACCAACAUUUGAAUAUAUACAGUCUUUCUUGGAGGACUACUUUACUGCUACAGAACCACAGUACCAGCCUGGAGACAAUUUAUAAGCCAACAGUCUGUAUAACAUGCACAAAUCUGCCAAAUGUAAAAGACUUGCAAAGAAUUCCUGACAUCUAUAAGGAGUCAAAGGAAAGAAAAUCUUC